UCCAGAUAUUUUAGAAGCAAGUUGCUUACUUUUUACACACGAUUACUAUAAAUAGUCCUUUCACACCAUACGAAGUCCUAAACCAGAGUUUACAAUACAAGCUACCGUUAACAGCUUAAAACAAAGUUCAAGAUGAGAACGUUAGGUUGGAUGCAGAAACGGUUCUGGAAAAACAAUGAACAAAGCACAAACGUUUCCACAGGGAAGUCCCAUUAUUGUUUCUCAGCGCUAUGGGAAGUUGAUGAGCAACAACAUUAUCCGGAAGCAAACAAUAAUUCGGCGAAAUUCAGGCAGCCUGUUGCAGUUGAAUCACACGGAGUGGAAAUAGUAAAAGAAGAAAUAGUUGAAAUGAGACCCGAGUUUUUGCAUGGACUUCUUGCAAUUGGGACUCUUGGUUCUGUUAUGAUUACUAACGACCCCAUAACACCAGAACCCACAAUAGAUGCGGAAGAAACCAGUGCAGGAGAGCAGAUUUUGAAGAAGUUGGAGAAUUUAACUGAAACGGAAUUAGAAAAGGAUACCAAAGAGAACAAAAAUGUGGUCGUGUAUCCACCGAAAGUAUAUUACGAAAUGCCAGCAAUCAAAGAAGAUGAAAAGGAUCCAAAGGCUGAAAAAGGAGUAAAAACAGGAACUCGGGUGUUUCAUAUUAUAAAGAAAAUGCUGAAAAAGAUUGAUUUCGAAUCAGGGUGCAGCACAACUUCUGCUUUUCGUCGUACUGCUAUUAUACGUGAUUCAACUAAGAAGACACUCAAGAAGGUCUUCCGGAAGUCAAGAAAAAUCCACCCAGAAACGGCUGAUAUUCAUGUCAAUAAGUCGCGUAAGUAUGAUGUCAAGAAGAUGUGUUACGACGAGAGUUAUGAUAAAGAAGUGACAUCAGAUGAUGACGAUGACAUGUUUAAUCAAGACGGGAUGUUUAAGAAAGAAACAAUUUGCAGCAACGUCCAGCCAGCCGGAAGAAAAGCACACUGGAUUAAAACUGACGCAGAUUAUUUUGUGCUGGAAUUUUAGAGAGACUGAAAAAGUGGGUUGUUAAUAUCUUCCUAGUUAUCUCAUCCUUACAAGAAAGGAAGUGUGGUUGUGUGCUGGAUUGGUAGUAUCAAGUAUUGUAAAGCUAGUUACCAGCUAUAUAUCGUAAAAAUGACAAUAAAUGACAUGUAUGUGUGAGUAUAUAUGUAUAAUGCAAUUUCCAUAAUUAUUAAAUAUUAAAAUAUGUGGCCUA